UUUAGAUUAAUAUUGUAAAAUUUAAAUAAAUAAAUAAUAUGGAAGACUGGCUCGCUACGAUUGGUCAACAGCUGACCAACAACAUUUGAAGUUAACAUAAACGAGACGAUAUACGAGUGUACAUCGAUAUAAUUCGGGUCGGUGCACCUGACGUAUGUCUGACACAAUAUCGAUUAAAAAAAGCUUUUAUGAAAAAAAAAACGUUUUAACUUAAAUCAAUACGUUAUAUAUAUUUCGCUGGAGGAAAAGAACAUGCGAGAAAUCAAUGGAAACAUCUUUAAAAGACUUAUGCCAACAGCCAACAACUAAAAAUCGUAAUGUUAUCUAAUGCCAUUUUGGGGUCGAGUCCCUUGGCCCGUGGGGUCCUAACGUUGUUCAGCUUUUCAAAGAGCAAGCUAAAAGACUGGUCGAAGUCACUAGCGACUAUAGAGACGGCAGCUUCCUCGCAUAAUAUAAAGGUCUUGCCUACAAUGAUUGUGUGUUUAUGUUGCCAUUUUCAGACUCUCUAUAUCUGCGUUAAAUAGAAUUUUAUUGGCGGGCUGCUGAUAUAUCGUGGUGCCAAUCGUAAAUCUGUUGUGGCGAAAUAAAUAAUUUAAAACUAAUAAAACCGACUUCGUUCUCGUAAUGUUGAGGCGGCGGGCUAUCUAGAUUUAUUUUGGCUCCCGAACGUGAUUUCCCAGAAAUUGAGAAAGCUAUUGUACCUCAAUUUGUUGUUAUUUUUACUUGGGUUAGAAUUUAAAAGUAGAUUGGUUUUGGAGCCUAGGGAAUUGGUCGAGAAAACUUAGUUUGAGUACAAUUUUACAAUGUAAUAAUAGUGACUGAAUUGGAUAUUCGUCUUUGAUGCGAUGCCUUUCUCACAUUCUUUAGUCUUUUACGUAAACUAAGCAAACUAUAGGUAACAUAUUUGAAGCAAGAUGUGCGAUUGUUGUUUUUUUAACCAUAAAUGGCGGCUAAUUUUUCCACAACCGAAGCAUCAUUCAUCAACUGACAGAUAUACCGUAAAGUGCGAAUGGUAGUCGAUGCUACGUUUACAUUACAUGAAAAUCACACAAUAGCGUAAAUGACAACAAAGGCUCAAUUCUAUUGACAACUGAAUCUAGUACUAAUCGUAACGAUAUUAACUUUGUAAUAUCUACUGUUCGACAUAGCAAACCACGCUUACUCAAGGCGCAGUAAACCAGUUAGUAUCUGUGGCUUGCAUAAGUUGAUUACAAUUGUUUGCCGCAAGCUUCAAUCGUAGGUACGCUAACGAUGACUGGAAUGAUCCUCAUUAAAGUUACAAACCAUAAUACACCUUACGUCUACUAACUAAAAAACUUUAUCGCUUUAAUGCGUUAAUUUGCCAUAACAUAACUUAUGCACUGCGGGGCUUUCUAAACGGUCGCAAUUAUCCACUAUUUUUCUUAUCCCACCCCACAUCAGCGUUAUGCAUGAUUUGCACUCGAACGAUAUAAUCAUAUGCGGAAAUUCUUUGUGCGCUGAUUUAUCAGAAGUCUAAGCUAAGCAUUGAAUUAACCUCUUCAAGUUGAGCAAAUCUAUCAUCUUCAGAUACUUGAGAUCCGGUUUUUCAAUUCGAAGACUGCGCGAAGCAUCCACCGUGAAACAAUCCCGACAAACAUGACCAUCAUUAUAAAUUACGAACAAAGCUGGUGAAACGGCUACGCAAGACCCAACGGGGUGUAGCGAUAGCUCGGACGACACCAUUGUUUAGACUCCUAUCAAAUUGUCAACCCCCACUUUCAUACAUUUUAUAAAGUACAAUAUGAAGUGGCAGCUCGCUAUGUAGGUAUUGUGAUCCCAGGCAAUAUUUCUUGUGCGUUGUCGUGCGCUGUGAGUUACUGCCGCAGAACCGGACUUUACUAUGUGUGGUGUAUCAGGGGAAUUCCUUCUACGGAUUCUGUUGUUGAAUUUUGUGUACAUUGAGAACAAUUUUGUGACAUGUGAGGAACUUCCGAAUAAUGUUUUUAACGCAAACAUUAGAGAUUAUUAUGUGGAGGAGGAUGUUAACUCGACUAAUGUGAAAACCCUGCAGAAAGAAGAAGUAGGCAGAUAUGCCAGUUUUGCUCCGAUUCACAACCCAAUAAGAUUUAAGGAGAUCCCGGACAAUGCUCUCUCCAGUUCAAGUUAUAGUCGAGGGUUGCUGCAUCACGAGCACGGAGGGCAUGAAGGUUACGGAAUACACGAUGGCUACGAGGACGGCUCUCCCUACGGCCACGGCUAUGCCUACAUCCACGACGAUCACCACUACGACCAUCACGACGAACACGGACACGGGCACGGGCACGGACAUGGACACGGGCAUGGGCACGGGCAUGGACAUGGACACGGGCAUGGGCACGGACAUGGACACGACCACGGGCAUGGACAUUACGAACACCAUUUGGGACAUGAACAUUAUAAACAUCACGACCACCAUCACCUGGCCACAAAAGCGUUGCUAUGGCCGGUAGCAGGCAUCGCCCUACUCGGCGCCGCAGCCGCCCUGGUCACCAAUCCAGUCUUGCUUCAACUUGGGGUUGUCUCCGGGAAACGACGGAGACGCGACACCUUGGAGGUAUCAGGGGAAUCAGGAUCUAACGAAAACUGGCCGCUUGAUCCGUACAGCGUCGAAAGAAAGCGCAAGAAAGGAUCGCUCGCUAAGAAAUACCCUGGUCAUGUUUCGACAUCGGAAACGGCGAUUCGAUUUGUACCGAUACCUCUUAAGCUUAAUAAAGAGCAUUGAUCGAUAAUGUAAGUUACUGCAUUUUUGGUAUAAUCUUUGUUGUAGUCUAAAUGCAAGUAGGUACUUUCCAUCGGUUCAAUGUUACUCAUGUUAUUCCUAAUUAGCUCUACCUAAUUGGUGACUGAUAGUGAAUUUCCUGUGAUAAUCUGGAAAUAAUACUUAAGUCAAGUAACUACCUAAGUGUUGUAUAAUAAUAAAUUCUUAUCAAAAU